CAAGAAGAAUGGAAAAAAUUAUUUGAAAUGUUUGGUGUCACCUCAUCUGUAGUACCUCCACCUUCGUCAUGUGCCAAUUCACCAGAGAAACAAGAGGAACAUCUUAAAGAUGCUUACAGACAACAAAUAGUAUAUGGAACAGUGGGAGUCUUUGCAGCAGACAUACUUAAACAGGAAUUUGAGAAGAGGACUACCCGAGAUACAAGGCAAUUUGAGCUUGUAAUAGUGGAUGAAGUGGACUAUAUGACCUUGGACAAUGGAGUUCAAGUGACGUUCUUGUCCCAUGAAUCUAGUGGAUUUAGGCAUGUGGAGCAAGUACUUUCCAACAUAUGGGCCAUGAUAUCUACUUGUCAACCAAUUGAAAUGCUUGAAACAGGUGAGAUAAAAUGGGCAACAAGGAUACAGUACUUUCAUAAAGCUGUAACAGCCGUUAUGGGACUGGAAACAUCAGACAGCUUUUCAGCAAAUGAGAUCUUGUUGCCUGGAGUGACUUUAGGGUUCUACACCCAAGAGGAUAUUGAAAUGAUACAUCAAGCUGAGAGCAAGAAAGAGAAAGAAAAUGAAGAAGAUGAGAACCAGGACAGAAUGUCCAUAGCAUUAUCUGAAGUCAUGAAGAAACUUGGAGUUUCACAACAGUACGAUCUUCUGAGUAUAUUUCAGGAAGUCUUGGAGAACAGUACAGUGUUUAAUUGCUACUCUUUAGAGAACAAGAAAGCCAAAUGUUUUGAAGCUCGGGAAAAACAAGGUGACCUUAAUGUUGAAAUGCUACUGCUGGAAGGAGGACUGGCAUGCGAAAUCAUGUCUGAGGAAUCACUUAUUGAUGCAACUGUAAGCACAAUAAAGUCAUGUAUCAAGUACACAGGUAACCUCCAAACGGCUGAAGAAUCCAACAACUUCAUUGUCGUCCCUGUUUUCUUGAAAAGCUACAUUGAGAAUCAGUUACCAGGUUUUGUCCAGAAUGCACUAAGGGCUAUUGAGAUGUCACAGGGCCGAGAAUACAUGAUUGGCACCUCACCAGCUGCUGGAAGGGAAGUUGCUGACAGUCCUGACAGACACCAGUAUAAUGCGAUAAUACCAGUGGACUUCAAAGCGAGCGGUGUGCUGGAGAAAAACAAGAAGUGGGGUAAUGGUCUACAACAAUUUUUGGAGUUCAAGCACCAACUUGCGAUUUCACCGAUAUCCAACGUGACAAACUACAUGUCAAAUUUCCAUUACUUUAAAAGGUACCUCAAAGGGAGUGGUAUAUUUGGUGUUUCUGGUACAUUAGGAGGUAAUGCAGAUCAGGACUUUCUGGCAAAACAUUAUAAAGCAAAGAGUUACACUGUACCUGCACAUCGCCAUAAAAGGGUGGUCGAGCUUCCAGUCAUCCAGGUGAAAGGUGGGAAUCAUCAAUGGAUUCAGACGAUUUGUGAAACUUCAUGGAAAGUAGCAGAGAGAGGACAAGUCAUCUUGGUAAUUUGUGAAGAUGUUAAAACGGCAGAUGAACUACAUGAGAAAAUACAAGAUGGAGGAAGAAUUAAGGCAGAACAGAUUACUCUGUACACAAUCAGCGAGAAGCACAACAUUGAAAGAGAGAAUUUCUGUGCAGGCAGAAUCAUCAUUGCUACAAAUCUCGGAGGACGGGGCACAGACAUAAAGGUUGAUGAAAGUGUGAAUAAGUGUGGUGGUCUUUUCGUUCUUCUUACUUACUUUCCACACAACCGAAGAGUGGAGAAACAAAUAUUUGGUCGUACGUCUCGAAAAGGCAAUCCCGGGAUGGUCCAGAUGGUUGUGAACUGUGAUCAUCUCGCACCCGCUUACAAAGGUCAGUCUGUGGAAAUAAUGCGACAGCUAAGAGAGGAUUAUGAAAUUAAACGAAUCCACGACAUGGAAAGUGAUGAGCUGGCUAAAAUAAAACUAAAGGAAAACCUGUUCUCCACAUUUUGUGAGUUGCUGAAAGGCUUUGAUGAGCAUUACACACAGGAAGAAAAACUGGAUCCCAUGCUAUUGCAGCUCAGUAAUAUUCCUAAAACCUUUACACAUCAUCAGUCUAAGUUUGAUUAUCAGCCUGCCAUCAAUGCUUUGAAAGAAUCUUGGGCCUUGUGGUUGACCCUUCAUGAGGAGCACAUCGACAGGCAUGAUGACCUCAGUCAACUUCAAACAGACCUUACCAGGACGAUGAAUGAAACAAGUGGAAAGCUGCUGCAAGGAGAAUGCAAUAAUUUCUAUGAUCACGUCAGACAGGCAAUUGUAAGAACUGAUCUACACUGCCGAAACAAAUCCAGCAAUGAUUUUGGGGCUAACUCCUACUGGCAAAAAGUUGUAAACGCUGACCCACACUACAAGGCUGUGGCACUCUAUAACCAGGCGUACAUCACCAUCAACCUUGGGAAGGGUAACUAUAAAGCAGAUGCAAUGAACCUGCUGGAAGACGCAAGGAAAUCCAUUGACGUCUAUGUCUCAGAAGUCUCAAACACAAUGAUCUCAUGUAACUUAUCAGUCACUGGUAACAAAGACCAGAGCUCAGACAACAACAACUUUCAGAGUCAAAUGGAGGCCAGAAUGAACAUCUUUAAGUCUUGGAUGACGUACAUUGAUAAAUCAUUGAGUAAACUUCAAGAGCUGGAGAAAAACAACAGCGACGCCAUUACAGAGGACUGUUCAGUCUACACUCUGUCUGAAGAAAAGAACUUCAUCGUCACAAAUGAGCUGAGAUCGUUAUAUGACUAUGGCCUCGGUGUUGUUUUUGAGGUGAAAAAGAAGCCUAAGUUUUGUUUGGAUGCUUUGAUAUGUUUCAUACUCGGGGUGGUACAGGUGCUCGCUGGAAUUCUUAUUUGUGCGCUGACAUUUGGAACAGCCAGCCAGUUUGGAAUGGGCUUGAUUUCAGAAGGAGUGUCUGACAUGAUCAAUGGAAUAGAGGGGAUGAUAAAGGGCACAUUUGAUUGGGUGUCAUGGGCAAUAUCUAAGAGUAUCAGCAUCGGGCUUGCUUUGCUAACAGCUGGGUUUAGCGUUAUCAAGAAAGCGGUUACCUCAGUGUUUAAAGUGACAAAAAGUCUCCUCAAUGGUACAAAGUCUUUCUCUUCUGUUGCAUCUGAAUUCAUCAAAUCAGGAAAGGCAAUGUUUACUUCAGUCAAAGGAAGCAUUAAGUCUGGUUUAUCAUCCGUCAGUAAGGAAACUUUUAAGUCUACAAUGAAAAACAUGACAUCUUCUACAGCGCUCAGACAGAACUUCAAAUAUGCAACUAAAUAUGCAGUUAAGGAAAUCGGGAAAAAGUCUGUGCUCAGUGCCAUGAACUACGCAAUCGAUGCAGCACUUCAGGAAGUCUUUAAGAAGAUUUUACAAAGCAGUUUUGAGAAUGUCGUUACAUCAUCAGUGAAGCAUAGCAGAGAACUGGAUCAGAUUAUUGUUGAGUUCAUCAGCUCAGGUGUUCCUAAAGCUGCCUUGAAAAAAGAGAAUUUCAAGAUUGACCAGAAUUAUGAGAAGCAAAUAAACAAAUCAGUUGGUGUGCUCUGCAAAGAAAUAAUUCCUCACCUCAUACUGGACUGUACCACAGCACGGGACGUUAUCAGCAAACUCUCUGAGGUGUGUAAAGCAGCAACAGAGCUUAUGAAUAAAGCAAAACUUUCAGGUGUGCUUGAAACAGCAAAGCUCAUUCUGAAAGUAGCGGAGUACUCAACAAAUCUCGUUCAAAUAUUGGGUACCGUACCAACAAAGGAGAUAAUAGACAAGAAAUUUGUUCCUGAAUUACAGGAGAGCAUCAGUGAGCUUCAGAAAGACAUGAUAAAGUAUGACCAAGAUGGACGACAUAAUUUACACGAUGUACAACGCCUUAAAGGAGAACUUCUACAGAUUAUCGCUCAAGAGGUUUCUAAGCAAUUCAUCAGUUCCUGUUCUGAACAUAUAACUUCUUUAAUGACCAGCACAUUUAAGAGUCAGUUGUCCAGUGCAGCUGGACAGGCGGUAGACCGCAUUAUGGACAGACAUAAAACUCAGCAUUUCUUUGAUGACCAGAGGAAAAAGCACAACAAGAAAUCUGCGAGCCACAAGGAAGUGGAACAGCUGUCAGAUGAAGACAAAACAAAGCUAAUCCAGUAUACAGAAGAUAUGAGCAAAGCCGAUCAGCCCACUACAGCCCUCGAUAUGUACGUGCUCACAAAAAGUAACCUGCUCAAUGGAAAAGGAAUUCAACUCGCUGUCGUUGAUGAAAAUGGAAAACAGCUCACUGAGGAAUGUUACCCAGGAACCAACAAAACAGCAGGCGAUAUAAAACUGAAAUUAACCAAAUCCCCAAAAGACCUGCAUCCAUCACAAGCUGGUGCACAGCUGAACAGCGGCCAUUUUUACGUUGUACAAGAUGAUGGCAGGAUAAUCAGCAUCAACUCUGACCAUCAGAAUGCUCUUUAUCAUGCAGUAGCACAAGCAACUGGCAGCAAGACAGAAGACCUGAAUAAAGAAGCUUUGAUGCUACGUCAGAAAGUGAAAAAUGAGAUCCAGACAAACCUUGAAUUGUACGCACCAAUGCUUAAUCUUCAGCGAGGAUACGACUUGUCUCAGAAAAACCCUAGGAAAUAUGGUGUAACUGAUGGAAGUACAAAUGAGAGUGACACUGCACUGCAGGAAUACUUACAGAGUGUUAAAUUCAUCAGAGGUGACGAAUGUAUCCUCAUCAAAAUGUACCAUCUUGGAUUUGUUGGUGAAAAUAAAAGUGUUCUAAGUGCUCGCAAGUCCAGUAAGAACACCACUGGGACACUUAUCUCAAGCCAUAUUCCCUCGAAAGACUCCAUCAGACAAGCUCAGAUGUUCAUGGAAAACUCAAACUCGGUGAACGAGUUUAAAAAUAAAAACCCGGAGCUUAAUAAACUUAUCAACAGCAUAAAGACUGACAAUACUGGACAGCACCUGAUUGCCAUGGAGGUUCUGGGACAAGAUCACAGACAAGCUUUAACUACGGGCCCAAGCAACCGCUCACAGAUGGCCAGGAAACUUCUAGCAGACACCAUGAUUAGUGGAGACAUAGAGCUUCUGAUGAAAUGCUGCAUGAUUCUACAUCACCCGCUUACCUCACAAAAGCUCAGAGAUGCUCUAGGUGAAAGUAUUCAAACUCCGAGUCAUAUUUUCUCCGAUGAUGGUGUCCGAGGCUACUACAAAGCAGGAUACAGAAACCUGGUGUCAGAGUACAGCCACAUGGGAAUCCUGGAUCAGAACCAGCGUGAGCGUCUGGAUGAGUGGGUGACUCAGGACCAGCACGAGGACACUAAUACUGCAGAGUACCGCAAGGUUCUUCAGGGAUUAGGUGAAAAAGCAGAUGGAGAACAUGUCUAAUGUUAAUGAACACAUGUUCUCUUCAGCACCUCGUGAUAAAUAUGAUGAUGAUGGUGAUGAAGAUGAUGGCUAAAGUUAGUAUGAAUUGAUUGAUCUCUGCCACUGAAAUCAUAUUCACUGCAAAACAAAUUACACUUUAACAAGUAAAGAUAUCUUGUUCUAUUGAUAGAUAAUUUUGGUCAUUUUAAGCAUUUAUUUCUAGGAAGGAGCAAAAGAGUAAGAGCAUUUAAAAGUCAAAAUCAGUAUAAAUGUCUAGAACUAUUCCUUUAAAAAAUGUCAAUAUACAAAUUCAUUUUUUGUGUGUUUUUAUUGUAGUUAGAUCAGUAAGCAUGAUGAUAAUGUUCUUAUGUGUGUGUUUGGGGUUUAAAUGUGUGGAGGGUAAAAAUAUUACUGGGUUAUUCCACAAAGCAUGAAUUGAAUUAAAAACAUAAGAAUGGUGUUGGGUUGUGAUUUAAAUUUUAUAUAUUAAUGAAAUCAAAUAUAAAAACAAAUUUUCAGCUCCUCUUCAGUAGACUAAUGUACACAUUACAGCUUUGUACAGUGUAGAACAGGAACCAAUAUUUCAAGCUUCUCUCUGAUUAAAAGGUCAAAUACACACUGUGAAAUCGUUUUACUUAAAACUUGGUGCUGAAUUUAUAAUCACAUAAUUAUUUUAUAAUCAAUGAAAUGAGGGGAUUUUAUGAUAAGAAUCUACAUUUUACGCACAUGUAUUGUAAAAUGUUUUGUUAUUAAUCUGAAUGAUGCUUUUUGUUAUUAAUCUGUAUAAUGCUGGUGUAUGGAUUUAUAGUUGUAACUGAUCUCAUUUUAUUACAAUUUUUCCAAUAAAAUUUAACAAGUUUA